AUGUCCUCUAAAUUCGAGAAAGCUGUUGCGUACGUUCAAGGUCUCGACAAGCAGGGGUCUGGCCCGGAUAGCACUGUCAAGUUGGAGGCGACAACGGUGGGAGAUGCGGACCCGACCAAGGAACCGUCUAGGUUGCAAUUCGUUGAGCGUGCUAAAUGGGUGGCUUGGAAUGGCAUCAAGGGUAUGUCAAAGAAGGAGGCAGAGGAAAACUACGUGAAACAGCUUAUCAAAUACCUCAAGGAGAAGCACCCCGAAGAGCCCAUCCUCAAAGAGCUCGAGGCUUGA